AUGAAAGAAGAAACCAGUAGAUAUAAAUAUCUAGAAAGCAAAGCAGCUGCAGGAGAGUUGCUAUACCCAUACGACUUUAAGGAAAGCAUGCCAAUUAAAGAGAUUAUUCGAGUGGUUGAAGAAAACAAGCUUACGCCUGAAAACAUAGAUAAAAGCGAGUAUGCCACAAAGCGUAUAACAACUGCUGGAAGAGUUCUUGCUAUUAGAUCAAUAGGAAAAAUAUCUUUUAUACGGAUAGAGUCAGGCGGUCUUUCUAUGCAAAUUAUAUAUAAAGACAAGUGUAAAGAAGUCUUUAGAGGAGACAUAGUAGGUGUAGAAGGAGCUAUUGGGUACAGCAAGAAGGGAGAGCUGAGUGUUCUGAGCAACAAUAUGCGGGUUCUUUCUCCAUGUCUGCACAUUUAUCCUACAGUGCACUAUGGGCUAAAGGAAACAGAGCUACGAUACAGGCAGAGAUAUCUAGACUUGGUGCUGAACAAAAACAGCUUGGACCGAUUUGUGGCACGUAACAAAAUCAUUAGCUUUAUAAGAAAAUUCCUGGACAGCAAAGACUUCAUGGAGGUAGAAACCCCAAUGAUGCACAUUAUCCCAGGAGGGGCUGCUGCAAAACCGUUUACCACAAAGCUAAACGAGAUGAACAUGGACUUAAGUUUAAGAAUAUCACCAGAGCUUCACUUAAAAACUCUUUUAAUAGGAGGAAUACCUCGUGUAUAUGAAAUUGGAAGGCAGUUCAGAAAUGAAGGAAUUGAUGCCACUCACAAUCCAGAGUUUACUACCUGCGAGUUUUAUAUGUCCUAUGCAGACUACAAUGACGUUCUCCAGAUAACUGAGGAAAUGCUCAGCCAGAUGGUCAUGGAGAUAUUUGGAACGAAGAUAAUUGAAUACACCGCACAAGGAAACGCAGAUGGCUCUGAUAGCGCAGAUGCCAAGAAAAUAAGAAUAGACUUUACAACUCCAUUUAAGAGAGUAGACAUUCUAGGAGAGCUAUCAAAGAAGCUAGGUGUAGAGAUAACUGGAGAUAUUCUAGAGACAGAAGAAGGAAGGCUCUUGCUUGAUGAUCUGUGCCGUAAGAAUAACAUCAGAUGUAACAAUCCUAGAACCACCAGCAGACUUCUUGAUAAGCUGGUAGGCGAGUAUUUAGAAAGCGAGUGUAACAACCCAACUUUCUUGAUGAAUCAUCCAAAGAUAAUGUCUCCACUUGCAAAAGAGCAUAGAAGCAGAAAGAACAUCACAGAAAGAUUUGAGCUGUUCAUUCUAGGAAAAGAAGUCUGCAAUGCAUACACGGAGCUGAACGAUCCAUUCGAUCAAAGAAGAAGAUUUGAGCAGCAGGCACAAGAUAAGAGUGCUGGGGAUGAUGAAGCCCAAGAAAUUGAUGAAGACUUCUGCACUGCAAUGGAAUAUGGCCUUCCACCAGCAGGAGGUUGGGGAAUUGGAAUAGAUAGACUAGUCAUGAUGCUAACCGGUGCACAGAACAUUAGGGAUGUACUUUUCUUCCCAACAAUGCGCCCACAAUCAAAGCAAGCCAUAAAAGAAAAAGAAGAUGUGCCAGAAAAGGAAAAGAAAUAGUCUAGAUUUGCUAUAAAAACCAGACUACCUGCUUAAAUAAAG